AUGGAUUAGAUUGAUAAUUUUAGUAUGGCAAGCAUUAAUGAAAAAGAAAUUGAAAAUAAUUUGAAAGACUUAUUGGAAAGGGUUUUGCUUAACAUCGAGAAAUUUAUUGAAACUAAGGAGGAAUUGAAUUAAGUUGAAGCUGAAUUAAAAGAUUAUGAAAGUUUAACUCAUUUGAUUGGUAUAAUCAAGGCAGUCUUUACAAACCUUAUGAUGAAAGUAGAAAAGAAAAUAUCGUAAGUAGUUAAUUAAAAUAUUAACAAAGCAAAUUAGAAAAAUAAAUUGAUCCAAACUAUUCAAUAACCAAAAGUUUGAGGUCUGAUGAAGAAUACGAAAAACUAGAACAAACUCUAAUCAAAUAUGAAAGUGAGAUCAGAAAUCAUAUUAGAGUAUUUUAUUAAUUAAUUAUAUCUAGAUUGAAUAAUAACUUAAGUUAUAUGCUGAGUCUAUCCAAAAUAAAUUGGAUGAAAGUGAAUCUAGUAGAACUGAACUUCUUGAAACCACCAAAAAGUUAAUUAGCGUAUUGAUUACUCUAAAUUAUAGAAUUUAAAAAGAGAAAAUUAAACAUAUCAUGAAAGUUAGUAGAAAUUGAAUAUAGAGAUUGCUAGCUUAAAAUAAGUUAUUAAUAAUUUGGAAAAGGAUAAUAGGAGGAAAUCAUUAGAUUUAGGGUAAAGAGAUUACUUAAAGAAAAAUCAAUAACCAAUUAUCUAAUAACUAUAAUUGUAAAGUAGAUUAUUUCUAUUAUUUUUCAGAUCAAAGGAAUUAAAAAUCUUACUCUGAACAUAAAUUAAACUCUUAAAUUACUCAUACAUCUAAUACCCUUGAAACUAAUGAAAUACCAGUCAAAUCAUAGUAAUCUUUGAAAUAAAACUAUUACAAUAUCAUCAAUUACGGACAUCAAGGGAAUAAAAGCGAUGUCUUAAAAGUUAUUUAACAAAAAGACUUGAACAAAAUAUAUGGCUAAAAAUUAAAAAGCAAAAAUAAUUCACUCUCUACUAUUUAAGAUCUAAUCCAAAGUGUUUCAGUUUAGGACAGAAAAAAAGGAAUAAUUAGCUAACCAGUUUCAAAAAAUAGCUCAUAAAAUAAUAGUUAAAUCUAGAAAUACAAAGGUACCAUCUCUUAAUGAAUUUAGAAACAUGCGAUUAGAGUAGAAGUAAAAGUUCUAGAAGAGCAAAUAUAGGAACUAAACAUAUUUAAAUAGAAUCUCAGAUUAAAUUAACUAGCUGA